AUGUCAGAAGUACACGAGCAUACCUGUCGUAUUUGUCGUGGGGAAGCAACACCUUCACAACCUUUAUAUCAUCCUUGUAAAUGUCGAGGAUCUAUUAAAUAUAUCCAUCAAGAUUGUUUAUUAGAAUGGUUAAAACAUUCCAAUAAAUCAACUGAAAAAUGUGACAUCUGUAAUACUCCUUAUAAAUUUAGAAUCUUAUAUGAUCCUUCAAUGCCACAACGGAUACCACCAAAUAUGAUUUGGUCAAAAUUAUUACAAAUCAUCUCGACAACUUUAACAAAAUCAAUUUCAAUUGGUCUUUAUAUAUUAUGUAUCAUAAUUCAAGUUCCAUUAUUCUGGAAAUUUACUGGGAGAAUAUAUACUUGGGCAAUUGAUGGGAAUUUACCAAUACAAAAUCAAACAUUUUUAGAUGCAUUAACAUUUGGUGAAUAUAAUAUUCAAAAAGUAUUACAAUCACUUGAACAUGAUGACUCUGGCAUCCUGAUUGCAUUAAUAACAAAACUUCAAAAAUUCAUGGCAUAUACUUAUUUCGGCGGGCUUAGACACGUCUUAGUAACAAUAGUGGUCCAUGUCGCCUUGUUCAUUGAACGAGAAUGGGUAGUUCGAGAUGAAGGUUAUUUGAAAGCAUUACAUAAAAAAAUCGGAAAAGAACCAAGAACAAAAUUAGUCGAAAUGUUACAACAAGCUCUUGAUGCAUUAGGUCCGGAAGAUCAUCCCGCUAAUAAUGGUCCACCUCAAGCCGCAGCUGGUGCUGAGCCAGUAGUUCGGGCAAUUAAUGAUCUCAAUAAUGAUAAUCAUAUUCAGAAUUAUAACAACUUGUUUGAACAAGCAUUAAGAAGACAAAUAGAUCAAGAUUUGAUUUGGGACGAUGACCAUCCUGCACUACAAGACCAAGCACCCCUUGAUGAUGGCGAGGAUACCGAUUUGGAUAAUGAAAGAAGGACCGUAUUUGAACAACAACAACAACAACCAGUUCAACCACCACAACAACCUGAUGCACAUAUCGAUGAACCUCAAUUAAGAGGUAUUGUUGAAGGUAUAUUCGCCAACCGAGAAGCCGAGAUGGAUGAUGACGAUGACGAGAGUGAAAAUGAAGAUGACGAAGCUGAAGAUCAAGAUGUCGAUGAAGCAAUCGCCGCUGCUCGUGACGCCGGCGCAGCUGCCGCCGAAGCUGCUGCUGCGGCUGCUAAUGGUGGUCAAGGAGGCGGUGGUGGUAUUGCUGAUAUUUUGGAAGUAUUUGGGAUGAGUUUGAAUAUAAAGACCCCAAUCUUACUUAUGUUAUUCUGUGAUCUUGUUAUAUCGGUAUAUUUGUUUAUUAUGUUUUUGAUUCCUCAUGUAUUGGGGAAUAUGUUUACUACUGUGAUUGGAUAUUUGGUUAGGUUUACCGGGUUGAUACUAUCAAGGGUUCUUACACUCGGUCAUUUUGAUUCAUAUUUGGCUAAUGUAUCAUUAUGGAUUGAAAAACUCGGUGAACAUAUUUCCGAAAGGGAAUCAUUACAUUUCGUACUCAAGUCAAUAAAUGCCCAUUUGGUUAAACCCAUCAAUGCAACUAUCAUCAAUUUAUUAUUCCCAACCGAACCAGUGGUCCGGACAUUAAGCGAAAGAAUCAUCUUAUUAACAAUAGGUUACAGUUUAAUCGGAGGAACAAUAUAUAAACUUAUGGAAUUUUUAGUAUCGGGUCCAAAACCAAUCAUGGGAUCUUCAAGAAAAAUCUACAAAGUUUUAUUCGAAAUUAGAUCAACGGCAAAAGUAUUUUUCAUCUUUGCAAUUGAAAUCUUCUUCUUCCCAGUAUUUUGUGGCUGGUUAUUAGAUUUCUGUAUUGCUCCACUUAUCUUACCUAGCUUCACCAUGACUUCCCAAGAAACUGGUACAACUCCAGAAACAUUCAUUAUUAUCUUUUUGACAUCAAAUUAUGAAAUCUUACAAGUCACAUACCUUCGAGUAUUGAUAUAUUGGGCAAGUGGAACCCUCUAUAUGUUAUUCUUUGCAUUAUUUAUUGGAAUGGUUAGAGGACUUAUAUUACGUCCAGGAGUAUUAUUUUUCAUUAGAUCCCCGGAUGAUCCUAAUGCAAGAUUGAUUCAUGAUGCUUUGGUUAAGCCAUUGAAAUUACAAUUAUCAAGAAUUUAUUUAAGUGCCAAGUUUUAUACUGGAUUUAUAUUUAUUGGAAUUGGUGGGGUGACUUGGGGAUUAAGAUAUUUAGUUACUCCUCCUCCAUCAUUACCUACAUCAUCUGUUUUGGAAGAGGUGUCAGAACUGGUUACACAAUCGACUCCUCCAAAGAAUGUAUUCUUACCUAUCCAAAUUCCAACCGGAUUAACGGUUUUAUUACCAGUUUAUGUUUGUCUUUUAUUCAGUGUUCGAUAUCAACAAUUGAUUAUAAAAUAUGUUCGUAAAUAUUGGAUCCGAGCAUUUGAUAUCUCAGCUCAUAAAUUAAGAUUAUCCCAUUUUAUCCUAAACAAACCAAUAUCUCAUGAACGGGGAUAUAUCAUCUAUCGAAACCUUUGGGAACAAACCCUCGCCACGGCACAACCAGAUUAUACAAAACCAGUCACGUAUCGAGAAGCUCUCGCCAUCUUUAAACAAAACCCCGAUAUUAAAGCCUGUUUCGUCCCUAAUGGGAAUUAUGUCCGAGCACCUGAUAAUGAUACCCUUUCAAGAAAAUUCAUCCGGAAAUUAUUCGUACCAGUUACAAAAGAUGAUAAAUUAAUUGAAGAAAUGAAUAAUGACACCACCAAAACCAAUCAACCUAAAUCGGGCUAUGAAACCCCAUCAUCAGAUGAAGAAGAUGAGGAUGAAACUAAUGUAGAUAAUGUCUAUACUAUAGUCUACCGCCCACCAAAUUUUAAAUUAAGAUGUUUUGGAUUGAUUUUCUUACUUUGGAUAUUUGCCGUGAUUUUAAUCCUUUCAUGUAUUUUAUGUGGGAUCUUGAUGGGUAGACCUAUCAUUAGAGCCAAUCUGUUCCUUAUGGCACAAUUUGCUCCGGCUUCAUUUGCGAAAGAAUUUGAUCUUGAUUGGAAUUUAGUUGAUUUUAGUUCGAUUGCCGUGGGGCUACUUUUUGAAAUAUUGAUGUUGGACGCCUAUGAUCGAAAAUUGGCCAAUGAUGCUCCGAUUGGUGGAAAUAAUGAAAUCAGAAAUGCCGCCGCAGGUGGCGUUGGUGUUGGUGAAGAUAAUCAAGCUGCUGCCAACGACGACGCGGCAAUUCCUGGAGUUGAUCCACAAGCACAACCCGCCGACCAAUUCCGACAAUUAAUGAUGCUUAAUUUCAGAAUCCUUUUCAAUCUCAUGCCAAUCCAUAUGUUAUUAGUAAUCCCCAUGAUGGCAUUAUGGGCAUGUUGGAUAGUCAGUGUUCAUAAAUUAUGUGUAAAUGAUCCAAUCCAACAUUAUUUCACCAAUGAUUUAGAAGUUGAAUUCUUAACUGAUCCAAUAACUAUGAUUGUUCAUUUUUUUAUAUCUUUCUGGACGAUAUUGCCGUUUUUAUUUUAUUUUUUGAGAUCAACAUUUAGGAAUAAUCAAUUGCCUGUUCGUGAGGCAUUGAAGAGUUUUGGAAUUAUUCCAUGUUUGAUUAAUUAUGGGAUUGUUCAUGUGCCGGCAUUGUUGACAACGGUUGCGUUGAGAUAUUAUGAGAUUGGAUCGGAAGAAUUGUAUAUAUAUCUUUGGCCCUUGUUUAUGUUGGUUUGUAUGGUGGUGAAGUCGAUUUAUUAUGGAUAUCAUUUAUAUUACACCAUUGAUGAUCAAGUUAAGAAUGAAAAAUAUGUUAGAGGUAGAGCAAUUGAGAAUGUUUAUGUCGCAGAGGGAAACGAGUAA